CACAACUCAUCUCAGUUGAAAAGGAAACGAGAAAGAAACAGAACUGAAUGUAGCAGUCCUCACUAUCGGCUCAAAUGCCAAGCGAGGGGCCUCUGUUUUUAAGAGCCCUUUCGAGGGGAAAUUCUGAAAUUGCGAGCUGCAGCCCUUUCUCUUCGUGCUUGGUUUGGCUGAUUUCCAAAGCCUCGAGGCCAGCAGUCGAGGGACAGAAACAUAAUCGGUGGUGAUACGUUUGUGCCACAUGAAACAUUCUCUGCUUCCAAAGGCUCCAGUGACUGAGGGGAGCAGCACAUCAGCAACAGCCCCUGGCUGCUGGACUCCGCAGGGAGGGGGAAAAGAACUGGCGCAAUGUCCCAGCAGAAGUGCAUCGUGAUCUUUGCCCUGGUGUGCUGCUUUGCCAUCCUGGUCGCCUUGAUAUUUUCAGCUGUGGACAUCAUGGGGGAGGAUGAGGAUGGACUCUCAGAAAAGAAUUGCCAAAAUAAAUGUCGAAUUGCCCUGGUGGAAAAUAUUCCUGAAGGCCUUAACUAUUCAGAAAAUGCACCAUUUCACUUGUCACUUUUCCAAGGCUGGAUGAAUUUACUCAACAUGGCCAAAAAGUCUGUUGACAUAGUGUCUUCCCAUUGGGACCUCAACCACACUCAUCCAUCAGCAUGUCAGGGUCAACGUCUUUUUGAAAAGUUGCUCCAACUGACUUCACAAAAUAUUGAAGUCAAACUAGUGAGUGAUGUAACAGCCGAUUCAAAGGUAUUAGAAGCCUUGAAAUUGAAGGGAGCUGAGGUGACGUACAUGAACAUGACCGCCUACAACAAGGGCCGGCUGCAGUCUUCCUUCUGGAUUGUGGACAAACAGCACGUGUACAUCGGCAGUGCCGGUUUGGACUGGCAGUCCCUGGGACAGAUGAAAGAGCUUGGUGUCAUCUUCUACAACUGCAGCUGCCUGGUCCUAGAUUUACAAAGGAUAUUUGCUUUGUACAGCUCAUUAAAGUUCAAGAGUAGAGUACCUCAAACCUGGUCCAAGAGGCUCUACGGUGUCUAUGACAAUGAGAAGAAACUGCAGCUUCAGCUGAAUGAAACCAAAUCUCAAGCGUUCGUGUCGAAUUCUCCCAAACUCUUUUGCCCCAAAAACAGAAGUUUUGACAUAGACGCCAUCUACAGCGUGAUCGACGACGCCAAGCAGUACGUGUACAUCGCCGUCACCGACUACCUACCUAUCUCCAGCACCAGCACCAGAAGAACUUACUGGCCAGACUUGGAUGGGAAAAUAAGAGAAGCAUUAGUUUUGCGAAGUGUUAAAGUUCGACUCCUUAUCAGCUUCUGGAAGGAAACCGAUCCUCUCACGUUUAACUUCAUUUCAUCUCUUAAAGCUAUUUGCACUGAAAUAGCCAACUGCAGUUUGAAAGUUAAAUUUUUCGAUCUGGAAAGAGAGAAUGCUUGUGCUACAAAAGAACAAAAGAAUCACACCUUUCCUAAGUUAAAUCGCAAUAAGUACAUGGUGACAGACGGAGCAGCUUAUAUCGGAAAUUUUGAUUGGGUAGGGAAUGAUUUUACCCACAACGCCGGCACCGGCCUUGUUAUCAACCAGGCAGACGUGAGGAACAACAGGAGCAUUAUAAAACAACUUAAAGAUGUGUUUGAAAGGGACUGGUACUCACCUUAUGCCAAAACCUUACAGCCAACCAAACAGCCGAACUGCUCAAGCCUGUUCAAACUCAAACCCCCCUCAAACAAAACUGCCACGUACUACAAUGCCAGCGGGAAGGAGCCCUGGAGUGUAUAAUGUGAACAAAACGACGGACAGCUCCAUCUUUCAUAUUUAUAUAUAAAGGAAGAGAGAAAACCAAUUUAAUAUGUCUUUUUUUAGGGGAAAAAAGCACACUUACAAAACUAUUCUCUGAAUGACGUAUAAUAUCUAUCUAACAAUAUCUUAGCGUCCCGUGUACUGAAAUUAAGACUUUUGUAUUUGUUACUUCUGACAGAGAAUGUCAUUCUGGCUUAGAAGUUAGUUUUUACGUUUGCAUACAAAUUUUAAGAGUUUGAUUCCUGUUCUUUUUUAGUUUUAGAAAUUUUUCUGCUGACCCCCCGGUCAGUUCUUAGGAAGCUUAGCAUGAGGUGAGCCCUUUAACACCAUGCUGAGAACUGCUGAUUUAGAGAAGAAGGUGAAGAUUUUGCCUUGGAGAAGAGACUGAUAAACCAAGUAUUUAUCCUUGUAAACUAUCUCCAAGACCUAUACGGUCAUCUCAGCGUAACCGGCUUACAUAUCAUGCCUUUAACACUCUUGAAAAAUGCCCUUUGCUGUCAUCUUGUUCAUUUCUUCCAAUACUAUAGAUUUCAUUUCAUAUCAUUUUCUCUUCUCACAAAAUGUUCCCAUUAUGCAGUGUCGCAAUAUCAACCCCAACAUUAGUUCUAAGUAUGAUAACAUCUUUUGAAAAGGUAUAAAUUUCUCCGAAUGGAAAUAGCAAUCUUUAAUUUUCAUCUUUCCCCCUACCAAAUUGGUGUUUUAAAUCACGGUCAGCAAUAUGUCUCCUUUCUCUCAAGCUCCGAGAAAUUAUGUAGCCACCUGCUAAUAUACAGCAAGCUAUUAAGUCUGCAUUUUGAGAAUAAAGUAGUUUUUCACAUUUUUGUUUGGUUUAUGGUAUUAUAAAGGAAAGAUCUCUAUGCAUCAGUGGAUUUUCAUUUCUUUAGAAUCAUGCUAUUAAGAGUAUGCCAGCAAACGUUUAUAGAGCUAUUUAAUAUACCUUCUGCUAUUUAAUAUACCAAAUGCUUUUCAGAGAAAUGCAAUUUAAAUACUGUGCUUAACAUAUUUUACUAAGAAACAGAAAUAUUGAAUUAUUGUUCUAU